GACUACAAGCAUUCCGUAUUAUGUGUCAGCAACAAUUUUCCAAACUGGAUACAAUGGUUUCAAAAACCGAAAGUGGACAAGUAGACUAUUUUCGAGAGAUAAAGACUGAUUUAGAUAUUCUUGAAAGUGGACUGAAAUGCUAUCAGAGGGAAACAAGUUCUGUUUUAAAGGAUGUAUGUAAUCAUUAUGCUUCUGAUACAGCUCAUAUUGCAUCUCAAUUGGAAUCUCAAAGGGAUGUACAAAUUCGGAUGGAAAACACAUUAUUCCAAGAAAUCAUUGACCAAAAAGAUGCACUGCUGGAAAAGCAAAAUUUAUUUAUGAAAGAAAAAUUCCCUCAGCUUAUUAACAACUUAAAUGAAAUGAAUAAUGAAGUGAUCUCUUGGUUUUCUCAGAUUCAUCAGCAGUUAUUACAAAAGAUUGAUAUUCAGAAGAGCAUUGCUGACCAGCGCACAAAAAUUCAAAGAAGUUUAUUAUCUUCAAUACAAGAAUCCAUAAAUUUAUUUCACACUGAACAUGAAGAAUUAUUACAGAUCAUGCAUGAAAAAAACAUCUGA